GAGUCAACCACGUGUAUCAGUUCUGUGUCGGCGCAGCGAAGGGAGUCCUCAGCCCGUUUGUCCUGCAGGAGAUCAUCAUGGAGGCCCUGCAGAGYCUGAACCCAGCUCACAUCCACGCCCACCUCCGAACGCCUGCUUUCCACCAGCUGGUCCAGCGCUGCCAGCAGGCCUACCUGCAGUACAUCCACCACCGGCUCAUCCACCUGACGCCCGCCGACUACGACGACUUUGUCAACAUCAUCCGCAGCGCUCGGGGGGCGUUCUGCCUGACCCCGGUGGGGAUGAUGCAGUUCAACGACGUGCUGCAGAACCUGAAGAGGGGCAAGCAGACCAAGGAGCUGUGGCAGCGCAUUUCACUGGAGAUGGCAACGUUCUCUCCCUGAGCGGCACGCCGAAGGAGAGCACACAGCUUUACUACUGCCACUUCACUGAGCCACACUGACUCCUCCCCCUUCACUAGUGUUGGACACGCCCACUCACCUUACUCUCUUCCCUCUUUAUUUGCCAUACGCUCUGUGUGUGUGCGUGCGUGCGUGCGUGCGUGCGUGCGUGCGUGCGUGCGUGUGUGGGUGUGUGUGUGAGAAAAAAACAGUGGACUCCUCUUUCUUUGUACCCUCUAAACAGGAGGUCUUCCAUCUUCAUGUUGUAGGUUUAUGUUAUUUGUUUUUUUAGUUCACUUCUGAAGGAAACCACUUUCCAUCCCAGAGUGUUUGGUGCUGAGAUUUCCUCUCCAAAACCUUCAAACCCGAAAACUUUAGGAGCGUGGGACAAAACGAUUUGUAGGAAAAAAAGGUUUUCCUUUUGAGAACGACUGAAGAUGUUUAAGUAUUUUGUGUAUUUUUUUUUUUUUUGAUAUUUUGUAUAGACUAUGGCAAAACAGGAAGGAGGGAAAAGAACAUGGAAGGUGUAGGAUCCACAUUUACACUUCAGUCUGAGGGAGGACGUGAACACAGCUGCAGACCAAAACACGCUGGUCCACAAAGCCCAUCCAACAUCCAGUUUAAUUCUUCCCCAGACGGAUCGAACAAUCACUUUCAUAGUUUCUCUAAUUUUUCAGAUCCUAAGUACCCUUUUUGAUAAAAAAAAAAAAACACACUAAACUGGACUUCUUUUUUUUAACAUUUAGUUGUCAGAUUUCACAUCACUGCUGAGAAUAUUCCAGAAGAUCUGAGCUUUUAACAUGAAGCUAAAACAAAAAGAUGCCACAGUAUAAAUAAAGAGGAACAUCCAGCCUGACUGGAUCACAGCGCCCCCUAUUGGACUGAACACAUGGACCGAACGGUGGCUGCUGUUCACGUUUCCUGUAAAGACUCGGGUCUCGGCACUGCUGGAUCGGAUUCAUUUAGGCUUCCUUCAGCAGAACUUCCGUCUGUGUGUGGUGGGAGCUGAGCAGCACCGCCGCGGGCCGUGGGUCCAGAACACGGAUGGUUCUGAAACUGGGCACUGAGCUAUUUGAACGACUCUCCCUGGUUACUUGAAGAGCUGUGGCUGUGUGAACCCGGAGGAAGUAACUUUGCAGAAAACGAACUGUGGUAUUUUUGUAUUCCUCAGAUGUGUAGCUCAACUGAAAGGUUCUAUAUGUACUUAUUACAAAAUAUUCUACUUUAGAAAGAGAGGAUAAAAAAAGAUGAAAGCAAUAUUGAAAGUGUAGAGUUUACUUAAUAAAAACCAUUAAAACAUUA